UUAACUUUUAUCAUGUCAAAAGUUACUACAUUAACUAGCAAUACAUAGAAAAUUACUUAGCAUGAAAGUGUAACCCAGAGAAAAUUACUUUGCAUGAAGUGUAACCCAGAAAUUCCAUGGUUCAUGAGUUCCUGUUAGCUUAUAAAGCCCCACACUUCUUGUUCCUUUGUACCUUUAGUCUCUCUCCUCUUUCUUGCAGAAGAAGAAGAAGAAGAAGAAGAAGAAAAACCAUCACUCUGUAAAAUUGGUGAGCAACACUGACACACAUUACAUUAGAUUGCAAACACUCAAAGACCAAAAAUCUCUGGGCAAAGUAGUAAAACCAUAAUGCUGAAAUGCAUCUCCUUCAAAUCCUCCACCUCUUCCUCAACAAUCCCAAACCCCUCUCAAGAGGGCACUCCCAGCAUCUCUCGCGAGUACAACCUCGCCGUUCACACCACCUCCUACACCGAGAUUCGCUCCAACGUCGAAGCCCAACUCCACCACCUUAACCCUAACCGCGACCGCGUCCAAGAUGCCCUAACCCUAAUCCCCACGCGCCUCACGCGCCUCAUUUCAACGUUCUUUGACCACACCGAAACCGCCUCCGACCUCUGCCUCCACCUCCACCAAUGCCUCCUCCGCGCGCGUGACCUCCACGCUCCCCUCCUCGAUUUCUUCCAAACCCUAAACCCCACCGACCCCACCCAAAACGACUGCGUUCGCGCCCUCCGCCUCUUCCACCCCUUCCACGCCUUCCAAAACCCCAUCCCUGAUUCCCUCACCUUCUCCGCCAUCCGCUCCGACCUCUCCGCCCUCAAAACGCAGCUCGACCGCCGCGUCGCAAAAUCGCUGUCGCGACUCCGCAUCGUCCGGCGCGCCGUCCGCGGCUCCUCCCUCUGCCUCGUCGCCGUCGCGGUUGCCGUGGUGGCCGCCACCGUUGCGGUCACCCUGCACGCCGUGGCCGCUCUGGCUGCGGCCGGUGCUGUGCCGGUCUGUGCCUUUGAGAAGAAGGAACUUGCAGAACUGAGGCAGCUUGAUGCUGCUGCAAAAUGUGCUUACGUGUUGAGCAACGAUCUCGCGACGAUUGACGCGCUGGCAUCACGGCUGCGCGCCGCCGUGGAGGGGGACAAGGUGCUGGUGAGGCUUGGGCUGGAGAGGGGGAAUGAGAGGUACCUUGUGGAGGAAGUUAUCAAGCAGCUGUGGAAGAGUCAUAAGGGGUUUUUGGAACAGGUUGAGGAUCUUGAGGAGCAUAUAUUCCUCUGCUUUUACAAUAUUAACAAGGCUAGAUUUUUAGUCCUCCAAGAGAUUACCAGUAAUCCGGCUUAGUUCUUGUUACUAACAACUAGUCAAGGUUUUAAAUUGUGAGUACGGUCGCAUCUGCAUUGCAGUUGUCGUGGCCAAUGCACUCUGCAUCAAGGUUUUACAUUGUGGUUGUAGCCAUAGUUGCGGUUUUGUUGCAAUCUUUGAUAUUGCAGAAAUGUACAGAUAAAUGUGACUGAUGCUGCAAAUUGCAGUUGCAGAGACUCGUAGACCGGUUUCUAAAACUUGGUCUGCAGGGUUUAAAUUUCAAUCAACAGAUGCAAUUGCAGCCACAUUUGUCCACAAUAUAAAGGUUUCUGAGGUUUUAGCACUGUGACUGUAACUGCAAUUUGAAACCUUGGGGAUUGUGACACACUUAGUCCUCUGUUUUUAUCAUUACAGCUAAUAAUUUUAUGUUAUAGAAUCACUGCUAGUUCAUGAUGAUACUACCUGUUUAGGCUAGCUAGCCAUCAGUGUUAAAAGGAUAUAAGAUCUUGACCAAUUUUUGGGCAUUGCCACCUUGUGUUCACUGUUCAAUUCAUUCAUAUUAGAAAGCACCUUGCUACCUAGUGCUACCUAGUAGCCUUGAAAUUUUGUAAAUUUGGUUGUUCAGGUGUUGAUGUCUGAGAAAGAAAUUAGGGCUCUAUUAUAUAACUAAUGUUUGCAGGUCUAAUUAUUAAUUAUUAAUUAUUGUGGAAUCAUGAUGUACUUCCUAAAGUUAAUGUAGACAUGUGAUGUUAUCAAUUGCUAUUUACUUUGUUUUGCUUAAAA